UCACAAAAAAUGCUAAAAGAACGCGUAAAUGUUGGUUUUGGACGGCCGUGGCUUGCACUUUACCAGCGCACUCUCGACAUCCGCUCGUAUUCUUUCCAGUGGAACUCCUUAGCCAGGAAGCCCAAGUGAAAGAGUGCGACAAGUGCGCUCGCUGCCUACGCCCGUUCUCCUCGAAGCAAAACUAAGCCAACGUUAGCGUCGGGCGUUUGGACCGCCACAGGGAGCCCGAAGACAACGAAGUGCGAUGCAGACCAUUAAAUGUGUGGUGGUGGGCGAUGGAGCAGUGGGCAAAACCUGUCUACUCAUUUCAUACACCACUAACAAAUUCCCUUCUGAAUACGUACCAACAGUGUUUGACAACUAUGCAGUUACGGUUAUGAUCGGUGGUGAACCGUACACCCUCGGUUUAUUUGACACAGCCGGUCAGGAGGAUUAUGACAGGUUACGACCACUAAGCUACCCACAGACUGACGUCUUUCUCGUCUGCUUCUCUGUGGUUUCGCCAUCCUCCUUUGAAAAUGUCAAAGAAAAGUGGGUUCCAGAAAUCACCCACCACUGUCCCAAGACGCCGUUCCUGUUGGUGGGCACUCAGAUCGACCUGCGCGAUGACCCUUCCACAGUGGAGAAGUUAGCCAAGAACAAACAGAAGCCCAUCACGCCGGAGACAGCUGAGAAGCUGGCCCGUGACCUUAAGGCGGUUAAGUACGUGGAGUGCUCGGCCCUCACGCAGCGGGGGCUGAAGAACGUAUUUGAUGAGGCUAUCCUCGCCGCUUUAGAGCCCCCUGAAACUCAGAGAAAGCGAAAAUGCUGCUUGUUCUGAUGUCUGCCGACUCUUGCUUUGCCUCGCAAUCUGCUGCUUAGUCUUUGUCAAGAAAGCAAAUUAACAUUGUCGUCUUUGCACCGUCCAAGACGAAGAGUUGUCGGGGAACGUUUUGUCCUUCUUUUCAACUGGGUCUAAUCACACUCACACAGGCUGCCUGACAGAAGACAAGAGUGCCAAAUGAACAUCACUUUGACUUGCCUGCAUGCGUGAGCAUGAUUGUUGCCAGUGUCAUUUGUCCCAUCAGAAGCAUUUACCUCCACAACGUGCUCCUCUUCGACUGCGUUUUGGUUUUUCCUCGCCCUUCCUCUGCUUCUCUCUCAAUUAUGCGCUUUGAAUAAAGCAAAAUGUGCAUUUCCUCGCUGCAUCGACAUUCCGCUUCCUUUUUGCCAUUGGAUGCUAGCACAGGUCACGUUGUCUUUCUUUGAACCCGAAUGUUUUGUUUCCACAGAAAGGAUUAAAGAAUGUGUUUGAUGAGGCAAUACUGGCUGCCCUGGAGCCCCCUGAACCUAAGAAAAGGCGUAAAUGUGUUCUGCUUUAAGUUUACCCUCAGCCGUCGUCGAUGCGCCACUUCCUCGGUUAGCGGCACACGGACCAGCACAAGUUGAGCGUACAUGAAAUAUACAUAGUGUGUUGCUUAUGAGUAAGAAUUGAUUGCCGACUUCGUAUUCCCGAAACGGCCUGACAUGGUGAGGACUUUUCCCAAAUAUAUCAACAAGGUAGGGGACAUGUGUAGACAGCUGAGACCACCAAGUGGCUCCUUUCAUCAUACAGUAUUCAUGCACAAAGUAGUGGAAUGCAUUGAAUAAAGAACCCACACAAUUCAAAUGCUUGAGUCAGUUUAGCACUGAACAGCAGUUGACAUUUGCUUGCCGUGUGAACGCUUGACGCAGAAAGUUGUUUGUCUGGAAUUCCAAAGACAAAUGCUGACAUUUCACUUCAUAGGUGUACAGACCGAGGGCAGUGUACACUUUUUCAAGCUAGCCAAUGCGCGGCUUCAUUACAUCAGAUCACGGCGCGGUGUAACACUUGCUGCAAAAUAUGGUCACUCUCUUCAUUCCAGAUCCUGUGAAUGUUUUUAAAUGCCACAAAUAACAGUGUUUGCAUUUUUCGUUCAGCAUAUUCAUUGAUUGAUUUUGUACAUAGCGUAAGAAUAAUUCAUAACUUAUUGUUAAGUGUGCAUUACUGACACCACAAGUUAAAAGAGAAGUUCCAGUGAUGCUUAAGGUGUUGAUGGGUUUCUUUUGAUUUCCCCUUUUCAAUUUAACACAUCAAGCUGUACUGUAUUUUCCUUGUGAUCACAUCACAAUAAAACCAGUAUUUGAAGAGA